GCCAAAUGAACACAGGCUCGUAGUGAGAGCUAGAGAAUCUCGCUCCUGCUCUAAACAGGUGGUUCCGACCUCCCCACUGCCGCCGCCGCCGCCGCCGCCGCCACUUGUGCGAUAAGUGAGCUGAAACUAUGCGAGUGGAGAAACAGGACUGCCGGACCCGGGGCUACCCGGAGAGAGGGCGCAGCGCAAGGGACGAGGGAUCCGAGAGGAAAUUGAGUCGGGGCAAAUUCGCGGAUUCCUGGAAGAGGCUGAGUUCAAAGCAGGGUUCGCUGAAGCGCUCUGGACCCCAGUCUCAGCAACAGCAGGCCCAGAAGUCAUGGAUAGAGAGAGCGUUUUGCAAGCGAGAAUGUGUCCACAUCAUACCGAGCACGAAAGACCACCACAGGUGCUGUUGUGGGCGACUAAUGGGACAACAUGUCGGAUUACCCCCUGCCAUCUCCAUCAGCCACAACGACAGUGGAGAAAGCAGAAGCGCAAAGAAUGACCUGGAGAAGUGGUCUGUCAGCAAGCACACCCAGCUGAGUCCAACGGAUGCCUUUGGCACCAUCGAAUUCCAGGGUGGAGGACACUCUAACAAAGCCAUGUAUGUGCGUGUUUCCUUUGACACAAAGCCCGACUUGCUCUUGCACUUGAUGACAAAGGAAUGGCAGCUAGACCUCCCAAAGCUACUGAUCUCCAUACAUGGUGGCCUCCAAAACUUUGAACUUCAACCUAAACUAAAGCAAGUCUUUGGAAAGGGUUUAAUUAAAGCAGCUAUGACAACAGGGGCUUGGAUAUUCACCGGAGGUGUCAACACAGGGGUCAUCCGCCACGUUGGAGAUGCACUCAAGGACCACGCCUCGAAGUCUAGAGGAAGGAUCUGCAUUAUAGGCAUUGCUCCAUGGGGAAUAGUGGAGAAUCAAGAGGAUCUGAUUGGAAAGGAUGUGGUCCGCCCUUAUCAAACCAUGUCCAACCCCUUGAGCAAGCUGACGGUGCUGAACAGCAUGCACUCCCACUUCAUCCUGGCAGAUAACGGCACCACAGGCAAAUACGGAGCUGAGGUGAAGUUGCGGAGGCAACUGGAGAAGCACAUUUCCCUGCAGAAGAUUAACACUAGGAUCGGACAGGGAGUUCCGGUGGUGGCUCUCAUUGUGGAAGGCGGACCCAACGUAAUCUCCAUCGUGCUGGAGUAUCUGCGGGACACCCCACCCGUCCCGGUGGUGGUCUGUGACGGCAGCGGCCGGGCUUCAGACAUCCUCGCCUUCGCACACAAGUACUCGGAGGACGGUGGGGUAAUAAACGAGUCUUUGAGAGACCAGCUACUCGUCACCAUUCAGAAGACCUUCAACUACAGCCGCACGCAAGCUCAGCACCUCUUCAUCAUUUUAAUGGAGUGCAUGAAGAAGAAGGAAUUGAUUACUGUCUUCAGAAUGGGCUCAGAGGGACACCAGGACAUUGACUUGGCCAUUCUAACGGCUCUCCUGAAAGGAGCCAAUGCUUCAGCACCGGAUCAGCUAAGUCUUGCUUUGGCCUGGAACAGAGUGGACAUUGCUCGGAGUCAGAUCUUUAUCUAUGGACAGCAGUGGCCGGUGGGUUCCCUCGAGCAGGCCAUGCUCGAUGCACUGGUACUGGACCGCGUGGAAUUUGUGAAGCUGCUGAUUGAGAACGGGGUGAGCAUGCAUCGGUUCCUCACCAUCUCCAGGCUCGAGGAGCUCUACAACACUAGACAUGGCCCAUCCAACACUUUGUACCAAUUAGUCAGGGAUGUCAAAAAGCGAGAAUACCAAGCAUUCAGCUGGAUCUAUUUUCAGGGGAACCUCCCGCCUGAUUAUAGAAUCAGUUUAAUUGACAUCGGGCUGGUGAUUGAGAAUCUGAUGGGAGGAGCCUAUCGCUGCAAUUACACACGCAAAAGAUUUCGAACCUUGUACCACAAUCUGUUUGGACCAAAGCGGGAAGAGCCUCCCAUCCGGAGAGGCAGGAAGACAACCAAGAAGAGAGAGGAGGACGUGGACAUUGACCUGGACGACCCGGAGAUCAAUCACUUCUCCUACCCGUUCCACGAGCUGAUGUUAUGGGCUGUGCUCAUGAAGCGCCAGAAGAUGGCGCUGUUCUUCUGGCAGCACGGCGAGGAAGCCAUGGCCAAGGCCCUUGUGGCCUGCAAGCUCUGCAAGGCCAUGGCCCACGAGGCCUCAGAGAACGACAUGGUGGACGACAUAUCCCAGGAAUUAAACCACAACUCCAGGGAGUUUGCACAGCUUGCCGUUGAGCUACUGGAUCAGUCCUACAAGCAGGAGGAGCAGAUGGCCAUGAAGCUGCUGACCUACGAACUGAAGAACUGGAGCAACUCCACCUGCUUGCAGCUGGCUGUGGCGGCCAAGCACCGAGACUUCAUCGCUCACACCUGCAGUCAGAUGCUCCUCACGGACAUGUGGAUGGGACGUCUGCGCAUGCGCAAGAACUCCAGCCUGAAGGUUAUUCUGGGAAUCCUGCUGCCUCCGUCAAUCCUUAGCCUGGAAUUUAAGAAUAAGAAUGAGAUGUCGUAUGUUCCCCACACUCAGGAGUCACCAUUACUGGGGAAAGAAGUGGAGGAGCCUGAGAAACCUGUCAAAGAAAAAGAGGAGGAGGACAUGGAGUUCACAGCAAUGCUUGACGGGGUGAAUGGAGAAUCAGCUCGAAAGAAAAACGAAGAAGAAGUACCAACAGUACACAGAAUGAUCCCAUUUGGAAGAAAAAUCUAUGAAUUUUACAAUGCUCCAAUUGUUAAGUUCUGGUUUCAUACGCUAGCAUACAUUGGCUAUCUGAUGCUUUUUAAUUACAUCGUUUUGGUGAAAAUGGAGCGGUGGCCAUCAGUGCAGGAAUGGAUAGUGAUUUCUUACAUCUUCACCCUCGGCAUUGAAAAGAUGCGAGAGAUCCUGAUGUCAGAGCCCGGUAAACUGCUGCAGAAGGUGAAGGUCUGGCUACAGGAGUACUGGAACGUCACCGAUCUCAUGGCUAUCCUGCUUUUCUCUGUGGGGAUGGUGCUGCGCCUGCAGGAGAAGCCAUAUAUGAGCUACGGUCGAGUCAUCUACUGCGUUAACAUCAUUUACUGGUACAUUCGCCUAUUAGACAUCUUCGGGGUCAACAAGUAUCUGGGGCCUUAUGUCAUGAUGAUUGGAAAAAUGAUGAUGGACAUGAUGUACUUUGUGAUCAUCAUGCUGGUGAUUUUAAUGAGCUUUGGAGUGGCACGCCAAGCAAUUCUUCACCCUAAUGAAGACCCGUCCUGGAGGCUGGCGAGAAACAUUUUCUACAUGCCUUAUUGGAUGAUCUAUGGAGAAGUGUUUGCUGACCAAAUUGACCCUCCAUGUGGGGCUGGAUUGUCGGAGGAUGGUAGACCCCUACCUCCUUGCAUAACUGGAGCAUGGAUCAUCCCUGCAAUAAUGGCAUGUUACCUCUUGGUUGCAAAUAUUCUGCUAGUCAACCUCCUUAUAGCUGUGUUCAACAACACAUUUUUUGAAGUCAAAUUGAUAUCAAACCAAGUUUGGAAGUUUCAGAGGUACCAAGUGAUCAUGGCUUUCCAUGAGAGGCCCGUCUUGCCUCCACCGCUGAUCACCCUCAGUCACAUGACCAUGGUCUGCCAACACAUUUGCUGUCGUUGGCGCAAGCAAGAGCGCGAGCAGGAGGACAAAGAUUAUGGACUCAAACUCUGCGUAACUGAAGAUGAACUAAAGAAACUGCACGACUUUGAGGAACAGUGCAUAGAAGAGUAUUUUCGAGAAAAGGACGAUAUGUUCAACUCUUCAAAUGAUGAAAGAAUAAGAGUUACUGCUGAGCGGGUGGACAACAUGUCGAUGCGGCUGGAGGAGGUGAACGAGCGGGAACACUUCAUGAAGGCUUCCCUGCAGACCAUGGACAUAAGGUUGGGGCAGCUGGAGGAGCUGGCGGCGCGGAUGGCCUCGGCCCUGGAGCGGAUCGCCGGCCUGGAGAAGGUCGAGGGCCACAAGAUGCCGUCCAGGGCUUCCUCGGACUGCACCGAGGCCGCCUGCAUGCUGCGCCAGAGCAGCUUCAACAGCCAGGAGGGCAGCGGCGGCGGCGGCGGCUACCUGCUGCCCGAGUGCGGCGAGCAGGCGGCAGAGGAGCCGGUGUCUCCCAACUCGCCCACCCUGACGCCCAGGAUGAGGAGCCACUCCUUCUACCUGGUCAGCCCGAAGCAGCGGGCGUGUGGCGGCGAGCGGACCGACUUCUCCUUCAAGGAGCGGUCGCUGAGCCUGCAGCGGGCCACCAGCUCGCAGUCGGUGGCGGCGAUAGCGGGCCACAAGGAGCCGCGGCCUUGCCCGCCGCCCGAGCCCUGCGUCGAGAUCUACGGGCCGACUGUGGGCGGCGGCGCCGAGGCCGACUCGUCCCUCAGGGUCCCGGCCGCCCUCCACCCACCCGACGUGGUGGCCGCGCUGCUGAUGAGGAGCCAGGCGGCGGCGGCGGCGGCAACAGCGGCGGCGACCCCACCCUGGGCCGAGCCUCCAGACGAGUUGUUCGCGGGCGACGGGCCGGUCUGGCAGCCGGUGGAGUGGGGAGGCGAGGUGUGUGCGGCCCCGGUGCUGGAGCGCUCCAAGAGCAGCCGGUACCUGUGUAGCCCGGCGGCCUGCGCCGAGGCCUCCUGCCUGAUGGUCAAGUCGCACAGCUUCGCCGUGCCCUCCCGGGGCCAUUACGGCUGCAUGGGCGUCCCGGUGAAGACGGCCGAGUACACCAGCAUCACCGACUCCAUCGACACCCGCUGCAUCUCCGCCGCCCCCCUCCACGCCGAGCACUCGCCCCAGUCCAGCGGUUCCCACGGCGACCACUCCAGCGGCCUGGACGACGGCGCCGCCUGCCACCCGGAGCGGGAGGCCGAGCUCAGCCACCCCAGCUCGGACAACGACGAGGAGGAACAGGUGGUGGUGGAGCGCGGGGGUCCGGCCCGCACCGGCCCCGGGGCCCCGUCCUCUCUCUGCAGACUGGAGAGGGCUCACAGCUGCACGGCCGCCGAGCCCAGCACCCCCGGGCCAUACGCCAGGAAGAGCUGCUCCAUCAGCGACAGGCUGGACGGCCAGCGCAACGCCGCCGGCCCCUUCCAGCGCAGCCGCUCGUCCCGGCCCGACGCCAGGUCCGAGGGGUUCUCGCUGAAAGCGCUGAGCAGAACCACCGCCUUCCGGAGCUUCGACAGCAGCAAGCAGAGCCUCACAUAAUGUGCACUGUCCUCCUCCCCACUUGUCGCUGCUUGUUUUCUAAUGUAUGGUUUAUUGCUGCUCCAGUGCUUCCCACCCUCAUGUUUUCAGCAGCUCCAUCUGACCACCGCCUGCACAAGUGUCUCCCUGCCCUUCAGCACACUAUUGUUGCCCUGAUGGGGAAAGGGCUGGGUCAUGUCAUUAGCAUGAGUACAAUAACUGCCAUGGUAACACUUGGACUGAAUUGCUGGUGAAGGUUGCUUUAAAUCCCAUAAACAAUAAGGAGAACCAACCAAUAAAGGGGAGCCUGAACGAAAAGCACUAAAUGUCUUUAGGUAAGAUAGUGUAGUGGGGAGAAAAGCGGUGACGAUGUUUCAAAGCUAUGACUUUUCUAAAUUCUGAUGAAGGUUCGUCCAUUUGAAACAUUAUCUCAAUUUCCCUCUGUUCACACUGCCAUAUUUCCUGUUUUUCCAGCAUUUUUGGUUUUUAUUUAAAGAGAAACAAUCAUUUAUUCUUCAGCCCAAUUAUGUAGGCUUGUUCCCUCAGUCAUGAUGUUGGAAUUGCAUCCUCUCGAUGUGCAUUGCAGGGAAUGUAGAGAGGCCAAUCAUUCUUGGCAGUGUCCACAGUAACAGUUUCUCCCUAACUACCCACUCACAAUUUUGAACACCUUAGUUAAAUCUUCCCUCGAUCUUCCAUUUGCUGACAAAGCACGUACAAUUCUUCAUCCUGUUGAAAUAAAAUGGCAUUUGAAGACUCUAUGUCCUACUGAAAAUGUCAAAAUUGCAUUUAGUAAAUUGUUUAGUUAUUAAGGGAUAAGGAAUCAAGUCGUGUAGAUAGAGUUCAAUUAUAGAUCCGGUAAACACAAAAUGCUGGAGUGACUCAGCGGGACAGGCAGUAUCUCUGGAGAGAAUGAAUGGGUGACGUUUCGGGUCGAGACUCUUCUAAUUUAACAGCACAACAGAUUGCAGGGUCUGGACUUGUCCUUUUCCAAUGUUCCAUUUCUCAAACUCAUUUAACAAAAACAACAUAAACAUCUUGGUGAACCUUCUCACCCAUCUUUGACUGUUUAAUUGGUUCAUACCCAACAUAUGGUGUAUUGAUAGUAUGGGCAUUUGGGGUAUCAACACAAGUAGCCACUUGUAAAGGAGACAUCUGUGCUUCAAACCCAGAUUUCAGAUGGUAUAGCUCCUUUAACUUAUUUUCUAAAGGGAAUAUUGAAAGUACAUGAUCAUCAUGCAGCGAGACAAAUAGCGUAAAGGGAGAAAUAAUUUUGAUACCAAACACUGGUGAAUUUUGUCAACUGCUGUUUGUUAAUAUUUGAUAGCCUUUCCAGGAAGGAUUGUACAGUAUUUUUCAAAAUAAUUUGCUAGUAUCCGUGAUUUUGUGGUUCCAAGUUCUAUUCUUAAUGAAGUGAUAAUGUAAUUGUUGCUAUAAGUACAUUUGCUGGCUCUUAUUCAGAAGCAUGUAUGCUAUUGUAAUAAGGAUGUAAAUAAUACCGUCCAUCCGUUGGUUCAAAGAUGACAUUUAAAACUCUAGCAGUGCAUGCAUUUAAAAAGCAAAUGGAUUUCACCAAAGGAUGGCAAGUGUGAUAGACAUAUGUUAAUAGCCAAGGGCCACCUUGCACAAGUGCUAAAUGUAUCAGAUGCAAAUGGCUGGUAGCCAUAGCAACUAGUUUUGGUCCUUUUGGACUUUUAAGUUUAAGUUAGAUUUUAAAAUUUAAGUCCCAAAGUCCCGUGAAACACGAUAACAAGCACAUUGGUUUUCAAAGCACUGAAUAAUCAUGAAACCCUCCAGUAUAUAGAGAGUCUCUCCAUCGUGCCACUGCUGCUUGUUUGAAAGCGUUCCGUCACCACCACUCCUCUGUUCUUUCCCCAAAGCACUGUAGAUUGCUCCCUUCCAGUUAUUCAUCCCGUGCACCUUUGAAGGUUGCCAUUACAUCUGCUUCAACUAUCCUUUCAUUACAUUCCAAAUCACACCAACUUGCUACAUUGCCAAAAGAUGCAAAAUCACACAAUUAUUGGAAAUCCAUGUCUCCUGAUUACUCACAAUUCUGCCACUGUAUUGACUACCUGACUAUAAAAUAAGUAUUAUAUCUGCUGUAAGUAUGAGGAAAUCAAUUUGUGCUCAAUCACUUCCAUGAUGCUGUUGUGGAGGCAACUUCUGAAAUGUGGCUCUUUGAAAGCAGUGUAUAAUGCUCAGUCCUACUAUAGUCUACAUUUAAUGCAAGGGAUUGAGGGAUGAUACCCCAGUAAAAGUGAUUUCAUUAUCUCUAGUUAUCACACAUUGAUAACCUUGAGUGAACAGCAAAUCAAGUAAUUGGCAGGCUAUAUGGGAUGGAUGGAAACUAAGCUCCUAUCCACUUAAAAAAUGUAGGGAUUCACCCUCCUUUCACCCCAAGAACAUUUACAAACAGAAUUGUGUGCUGAGCUCAAACAUGGCAAAUCUUGCAUGAAUACACUACUAUCUACAGCAGCACCACGAGUGACCAAGUGAACGCAUAGCCGCGCCUUCUAAAGAUCAUCCAUAAUCAGUGUAUGGGUAGAAUAAGUGCAGCUGGUUUUGCCAGUUUCUCUUUGGAGUCUCCUUCCAGGUUCACCAUCUGGUGCCACAUCUUUUCUACACAAACACACACACACACACAACAGGUCCACACGAUCACACACUUUGUGGUUUGAGUUUGCCACAUCUAUCGCUGUAAAAACAACUUUCAAUCUGAGCCUAUAAAUGAGCAUUGAAGCCCCAAUGUUUCAUUGACAUCUUCACACUUUCUCUUAGGCUUGUGUUUAAUUUCUUUAAGGGUAGAGAUCAUGCAUUCUGCAAGAUGAAGUAAUUGAAGAAAGUUGGGAAUUGGGGCAUUUCAGCAGGAGAGCAAGCGUUAAACUAAUCAACAAGCAAAUAAAAAAUAUCCUGUUGCAUUCCUAUAGCACCUCUGCGAUCCUUUUCAGAACAUCCCCAAACUCUGCAACCAAAAAGUGCAGUCGUCAUUGUAUGGGAGUGAAUUUGUCUGCAAAUUGCCCUUGCCGUAAUAUCCCAAAAAUGACCUUAAUUUAGCAAUAAAAUGUCGAAGAGUUAAUAUUGUCACCAAGAUUGCACACCUACUCUUUGAACUAAAGCUGUGGUUGAUUUAACUACCAUCCAAGGGUGCAUCUGAACAUUUCACCUCAAAUAUAUCACCUGACUUAGAGUCAUUGAGUCGUACAGCGUGGAAACAGACCCUUUGGCCCAACUUGUCCACACCAACCAACAUGUCCCAUCUACACUAAUUUGCCUGCGUUUGGCCCAUAUCCCUCUAAACCUGUUCUAUCCAUGUACCUGUCUAAUUACUUUUUUAAUUACCUGAAAUAUCAUCUCCUGGUAAUAUAUUCACCUGAUAAAUUCACAAAAAUGUUUCAUAAAUAUAUCACCUCCUGACUUAGGGAUGCAGUUUUUUGUACUCAAUUCUUUGAGUGAUAACCUAACCUUUUAACCCAGCGAGUGCCAUGUAAAAGAUGAGAAUAUAUUACUGGGGGUGAGGAAACGAUGACUAGUGUUCCUGCUAGCCACAGCUUGGAUUAGAGAUCCAGGAAUCUUGAGUUUGUAUCUCAGUACCACAGUAACUGAGCAAAUUAAAUGCAAUUAAUUUUACAUAAAGUAAAAGUAAUCAUGAUAUUAUUAUAUUAUUACAAAAGGAAAACAAUCACUAAUGUCCUUAAGGGAAAGAAAUGUGUUGGCUUUCCCUAGCCUGCUUUGACUCCAGGCCUGCAGCAAUUUUCUUGCUUUUAACUGGCGUGAACCAGGCAAACAAGCCACUCAGUUCAAGGGCAAUUUGUAUGGACAGUGAAUACUGGCUUUGCCAAUGACACCCAGAUCUUAUCAACACAAUUUCUAAAAAAGUUAUCACAUAAAGCUAAGGAUUAUUCAACACAUUAUUCAUGGUAGGCUACUUGUUUUGGAUGAUAAAAUCUAAAGGAUGAAUCUGAGAUUCAAAUUUGUCUCCUCAACCUUGAAGUGAUCCAUACAAGUCUUCAAAUUCAUCAUUCCUUCCACUUUGAAAUAUAAACAUAUUGAAGACUAUUCACUGGGUCCAGUAAUAUUCUCUUGAUUUAAAAAUGAGCGUAUCAGCAGAUAUAGUUGUCAUCUGCCCAGUUUCAAGGUUUGUUUAUUCGGAAUAUGAUUGACACACAUGCUGUCCCACAAUUGAAAUUUAAAAACAAAAUCUACACUAUUUGUUCUUACUGUGAACAAUAACUGCUAAUCAAAGGUUAAUGACUCUCUACCGUAAAGUGCAAUAUUUAUCUAGAAAUGGAAAACUAAUGCAGUAAUGCAAAAAUUCACAGCUCAAAUUUAUGACUCUCAGCAGAGCAAAAAAGGGGUAAUUUUGACUUCAAUAAAGGCUCAAAAUGAGUUUUUGCAGCAAAGUUUGCAGUUUCCCUUCAACCUACUUCUACCAACCUCUGCCACUUGUACAAGAAUGUUCUUAUGCCAUUGUGCAAAGAGGAAAGGGAUGUCCCGUUCAAAGAUAGUGGAUUCUCAAGGACUGAUUGAGCUUUACAUUAACCACAAGGUUAAUGCAAAGUUUGGAGCUGGCUUCAAACAUUGAACUCCUGUUAUCGGCAGGGGUGUAGAAUUAUAAGCAUGCGUCCUUGAUGUUUGAUACAAUUUAAACACCUAUGGGUGAGAUAUAGGUGUGAAUUUUAUACAAAAACUCCUCUGUCCAAUAAUAUAAUUGUCACAUUGCCAGGAAAGUCUCUCCACCUAUGCAUCGAUUGACUAAAUGGUGUGAGUGCAAAUCCAAUUUAUUUCCUCCACAAUAUAUAUUUUAAAGAACAAUAUCUCACGUUAUCACUGAACAUGGCAUUAUUGCCAAUAA